AUGCUUGAUCGCUGGCAGAGAAACCUCGCGCAGCUGCCUAAACGUGUUCUUGCUGCCUUCUUUUUGCUUGGCGUCAUCAACAAUGUUCUAUAUGUCAUUAUUCUGAGCGCUGCGCUUGAUCUCGUCGGCGCGAAGACUCCCAAAGCUAUCGUUCUUCUGGCAAAUAUCUUGCCAUCAGUGCUAGUCAAGCUUGUCGCGCCUUACAUCUUCGAACACAUACCUCACAGAUUUCGUGUCAUUGGCGUUGUCCUGACCAAUAUCGCAGGAAUGCUCAUUGUUGGUACCGGUGCAAGUCUAGCGCCUCGUAUGGUGGGCAUUGCUAUGGCCAGCGCUGCUUCCGGUGCUGGAGAAAUCACCUUCCUGCAAUUAUCCACGCACUAUCCGCCCAUAGCCCUUGCUGCAUGGUCUAGCGGCACAGGUGGAGCUGGCAUUUUAGGAGGAGUGCUCUAUGUUGCAUGCACAACAUGGCUGCGCAUCAGCCCUUCGUGGACUCUCUUGAUGGCUAGUCUGCUACCGCUCAUCAUGGCGCUGAGCUUCUUUGUGCUUCUGCCUGCGAGAGAGUCAGUCAAAUACGCCGUAUUGGAGCCUCAGCCAGAGGAAGAGUCACAAGAGCUGGUCUCUGGUGAGAAUGAACGAAGUGCAAAGGUCUCCGGCAUCUUGCAAAAGAUGAAGAGCGCCAGGCCCCUGCUCAUUCCAUACAUGGCUCCACUCUUCCUCGUCUACUUUGCAGAAUACACCAUCAAUCAAGGUGUAUCGCCGACGCUUCUCUUUCCGAUAAAAGAAAUGCCUUUUGAGCGCUACAGAGACGUCUAUCCGACUUAUGCUACGCUGUAUCAGAUUGGUGUGUUCAUCUCUCGUUCUUCAUCGCCAUUUAUUCGCAUCAGGCGCCUCUACAUCCCUUCACUCUUCCAAUGUGGCCUCCUGGCAAUCUGCAUCACUCAGAGCAUUCGGUACUUUCUGCCAAACAUCUAUCCGAUCUUCCUGCUCAUUUUCAUCGAAGGUCUUGCUGGAGGCGCUGUGUACGUCAAUACUUUCGUCUCUGUCAGCGAAGAUCCCUCCAUUCAAGAAUCUGAGCGCGAGUUUUCAAUGGGUGUAAUUGGAGUUGCAGACUCAUUUGGGAUUUUAUGUGCCGCGGGCUUGAGUCUUUGGCUUGAAGGUCGGUUAUGUGAGGCAAAUAUUGCAAGAGGUCGACCCUACUGCAGCCUCGAGUAG